AUGGUUAACAGAAGAACCAGUCUGAGUUGUAUACAUUGUCGACUCCGGAGACGUAAGUGUAGUGGUGGUAACCCUUGUACUUCAUGUGUUGCUAAGGAUAGAGUAUGUGAAUAUACAAAUGAUGACAAGCGGAGAAAGAGACCCGCAGCUAGUUAUAUCGAAGCUUUAGAAGAAGCCAACACUAAGAACCAAAAGACGAUUGAAACAUUAAAGAAUGAACAUCAGGAGUUCCUAGAUGCUUUAAGGAUGAAUAUAGAUGACCACAAAAAGCUUAUGGAUCUAAUUAAUGGGAAUAAAACCCCGGCACUCGUUAAAUCCAUCGACAAUGAUUUUAAUCAUCUUGUGAUGUCUGGCCAAACUGGUAGUACUCGAAUGGUUUUGGGUCCCACCAGUGUUUAUAAUGAUCAUCUCAUCAUGGAGAACAAAGAUCAAUCUAAAAAAUUAGGUAAUAUAAAACAAGGACCUACGAUUCUUUAUAAUUUGACCGUGGAUCAAAUGAAAGAUUUGAAUGAAUACAGGCAAAAAUAUGGAUAUCGUGAUUAUAGGUUAUUCUACUUCAAAGAACAACCUUUAAAGGCUAACAUAGCCAUCUUCAGAGAAUGUAUUUCAUUGUUUUUCAAAUGGAUGUACUCAUCACUGUUUCUUUUCAUUCAUAGAGAGUCAUUCCUUUACUUUUAUUUGAGCAAUGAAAUUGAUUGUGAGUUUGUUACUAUGGAGUUAAUUUAUGCUAUAAGUGCUUUGGGUGCUAGGAUAUCUAAUGAUGAGUUUAUCAGAUCUCAAGCUGAUGAUUAUUAUAAAUUAGCCAAACAAAGACUUUUCGCCAAUGGAGAUGAGAAAUUCUUUAUUAGAGAAUCAUCAAUUUGUAAACUUCAAACAUUACUUUGUCUUGCAUUUUAUGACUUAGGAAGAGGUGAGUUGGCAAGUGGGUGGUUAUUAUCGGGAUUAGCAUUUAGAAUGGGUCAUGAUCUUGGGUUUGAGUUAGAUCCUCGUGAUUGGAAUGUUACUACUUCCAUUCCUCAUAGUGGCUCUUCCAUGCAUUCUACAUCUGCUUCAUAUGCCAACUUAAAGCAAUUAUCCCAGAGUGAUGUCAAACAAGAUCUUUAUAAUAACUAUCCGUUUGAGAUCAAUAACUUGAGAAGUAGAAUAUAUUGGGGAUCUUAUGUAUCAGAAAGAUUGAUUUGUUUGGUCAUGGGAAGGUCACCAACAUUGAAAUUAACUGACGUAACAAUCCCUGAUUCUCAAGAUAUUGGGGAUUUAACAGGUAUUGAAGACUUCAUCUUUCAUGAUAAUUUAUCUGAACGUCAAUAUGCAUGUAGAGCUUUCUAUUGUUUGAGAGCAGUGGUUGAACUUUUGAUUCUCGCUGAUGAUAUUUUAAAUAAAGUAUUUGGUUCAGAUACCAAUGGAAUUAAAAGAUCAGAUAUUUUAUCCAGCUAUAAUUUAAAGCUUUUACAAUGGAAAGAGAGUUUAGGAAAAGAAUUAUUCUGGAAUAAAAGUAUUCUUAAAAGGACAGCUCAUAAUGAACUUUAUAUGGGACCAAGGUAUACAUAUUUCAUCAUCAUGUUAAGUAUUAAUAGACCUUUUAUUCUGAUGGCAGCUUUAGGAUCUAAAAAUGUUAAUAUUGAUAUUGUGAAGAUGCCAAUUGAAAUCUGUGAUGAUGUCAUUGAGGAUUUAGAAAUCGUCAUCAGAGCUUUGAAGCAUCAAGAAGAUGACCAUCAUGCAUUCUAUCCUCAUAUAACAUCAGUAUAUGCGGUGAUUUUAGCCAUUAGUGUGUUAUUAUGGAGGUUUAAAAUCUCCGAAGAUAUCAAAGCUAGGCAACUCAUAUCAGCCAAAAUAUCACUUUUCUUCGAAUUCCUUCAAAGAUGUAGUAAAAUAUGGACAUUGGCUCAUAAACCAGUACAAAUCUUCAAGAAGAGAAUAGAUAAUUUGUGGAAUGAAGAGAAAGGUGCUGAAGGUCAUAAAGUGGAUACCGUAGACACUCUGGAUUAUUCCGAAGUCAAUGACACUAUCUAUGAUGCAUUUACUAAGACAGAUAUGUUGAGUGGAUUUGAUAUGGCAGACUUUAGUAAUAUUGACGAUGUGUUCCAAUCAGUUUUCGAACAACCAGCUAACCAACAAAUUUUGACUAGAUUGGACUUAGCAGAUGUUCUUUGGGAUGAAGCUCUUUAUAAGAAGUAG